CAAAGCAACAACAAUGGCGACCGUGGACCAGAUGAUACGUUUAAUGAUGCUGCAAAAUCGAUCAAGAAGGCGGCCGCGUAGAUGGUAUGUACAACCCCAAUUCCAAUGAAAGAAGAAAGAAGAAGAAGACGAAAAGAAGAAUCACCUUUUAUUGUCAUGAACAUGCAUGUAUGCACAUGACAUUUGUUCUUGGCAUUUAACCCAUCACAGUGAACACAUGUUAGUGGACCACACUGGAGCAGGGAGCAACUGAAGCACCUGGGGAGCAUUUUGGGGUAUCAAUGUCUUGCUCAAGAACACCACAGCCGUGAGUCCGGGGGAUGUUGGUGGAUGGUCCAGUCGGUGUCUUGAACUUGUUCCCCCACGGUGGCAGGCGACGAUCUUAACCAUUGGGCCACGGCUGCCCAAGACAUUGGGCAGAAAUUGGGAUAAUCAAAUCAUGUUCGACCUAUAUUUGAAUACAAAGAAGAUAUUUAAUGUUCAAACUGAUCAACUUUAUUUUUAGCAAAUAAUCAUUAACUUCGAAUUUUAUGGCUGCAUCAUGUUCCAAAAAAGCUGGGACAGGAUCAUGUUUACACUGUGAUUCCAUAAAUGUUUGAGAACUGAGGACACUAAUUGUUGAAGCUUUGCAGGUGGAAUUCUUUCCCAUUCUCGCUCGAUGUACAGCUUCAGCCGUUCAACAGUCCGGGGCCUCCGUUGUCGUAUUUUACGCUUCAUAAUGCACCACACAUUUUCAAUGGGAGACAGGUCUGGACUGCAGACACGCCAGUCUAGUACCCGCUCUCUUUUACUACGACUCCACGCUGUUGUAACACGUGCAGAAUGUGGUUUGGCAUUGUCUUGCUGAAAUAAGCAGGGGCGUCGGUGAAAAAGACGUCGCUUGGAUGGCAGCGUAUGUUUCUCCAAAACCUGUAUGUACCUUUCAGCAUUAAUGGUGCCUUCACAGAUGUGUAAGUUACCCAUGCCAUUGGCACUAACAGAGCCCCAUAUCAUCACAGAUGCUGGCUUUUGAACUUUGCGUCCAUAACAGUCCGGAUGGUUCUUUUCCUCUGGCCCGGAGGAUACGAUGUCCACAAUUUCCAAAAACAAUUAGAAAUGUGGACAAAUAUAUUUGGAGUGUAUUCAAUGAAAUAUAGGUUGAACAUGAUUUGCAAAUCAUUGUAUUCUGUUUUUAUGUUUAACACAACGUCCCAACUUCAUUGGAAUUGGGGUUGUAGAACCAAGGGGCACGCAGAGUACGUCAUCACAGCAUGUGACUAAAACAGACCAAUCACGAGAGAUCAUCUCCGCGGCGUUCUAUGCACAGCAACAAUUUUUGCCGUGUGCGCGUCAAGCUACGCAGACGGGCCGUGCGGGCCAAUUUGUCGGACACGUGAUGCAAUGCGGGCGUUGGCGGCCACGCGAGUAUUACAGCUUAUACAGCUCAGUCUACAUGAUAACCAUCAUUGAUUAUGAUUUAUGAAUAUCAUUCAUCCCCUCCCUGAGCUGUCUCCUUAUCGUGAUGGAGGGGUCUGCGUGUCCCAACGAUCGUAGGAGCAAAGUUGUCUGAGGCUUUAUGCCCCUGGCGGGGUCACCCAUGGCAAACAGGUCCAAGGUGAGGGACCAGAUAAAGCAUGACUCAAAGAUGCCCCAUGAUGAUUCCAAACAUUGGAAGACGUUUUCUCUCGCCCGGAUGCGGGUCACCCGGGCCCCCAUCUGGAGCCAGGUGGUGCUCGAUGGCGAGCGCCCGGUGCCCGGGCCUGCACCCAUAGGGCCCGCCUAGGCACAGCCCGAAGAGAUAACAUCAGUCCCCCUUCCCAUGGGCUCACCACCUGUGAGAGGGGCCAAGGGGGUCGGGUGCGCAAAGACCUGGGUGGAGGCCGAAGGCGGGAACCGUGGUUGUCCAAUCCCCGGCUACAGAAACUGGCUCUUGGAACGUGGAACGUCACCUCUCUGGCAGGGAAGAAGCCAGAGUUGAUGUGCGAGUUUGAGAAAUUUUGACGAAUUAUAAUCUUGCUCACCACACAGCUUGGGCUCUGGUACCAGUCCUCUUGAGAGGGGUUGGACUCUCUUCCACUCUGGAGUUGCCCACGGUGAAAGGUGCCGAUCAGGCGCAGGCAUAAUUAUAGCCUCACGCCUUGGUGCCUGUACAUUGGAGUUCACCUCGGUGGGCAAGAGGGUGGCCUCCCUCCGCCUUAGGGUGGGGGCACGGGUCCUGACUGUGGUUUGUAUCCAUGCACCAAAUAGCAGCCCAAAGUACCCACCCUUUUUGGAGUCCUUGGAGGGGUUGCUGGAGAGCUCUCCCGCUGGGUACACCCUCAUUCUGCUGGGGGACUUCAACGCUCACGUGGGCUAUGAUAGUGGGACCUGGAAGGGCAUGAUUGGGAAGAACGGCCCCCAUGAUCAGAAACCCAACGUAUUGUGAGGGUCUGCUGGGAACAUCUGGCAGAGUCGCCUGUCAGAAGUAGUUUCAACUCCUACCUCCAGCAGAACAUGUUUCGCGCUUCCAUUGUUGAGGCGGCCGACCAGAGUUUUGGCUGUAAGGUGGUCGGUGCCUGUCGUGGCGGCAAUCCCCGAACCCGUUGGUUGUCAAGCUGAAGAAGGAGUCAUAUCAGGCCUUGUUGGCCUGUGGGACUCUGGAGGCAGCUGAUGGGUACCGACUGGCCAAGCGGAAUACGGCUUUGGUGGUCGCUGAGACAAAAACCCCAGCAUGGGAGGAGUUCGGUGAGGCCAUGGAGAACGAAUUCCUGACAACUUCGAGGAAAUUCUGGUCCAGCAUCCACCGUCUCAAGAGGGGGAAGCAGUGCACCAUCGACAUUGUGUAUUGUGGGGAUGGGGCGCUGUUGACCUCGACUUGGGAUGUUGUGAGUUGGUGGGCUGAAUACUUAGAGGACCAUUUCCAAUUCCAGUGGCAUGCCUUCCUAUGAGGAAGUAUAGUCUGGGCAUUCUGAGGCGGGUUCUCAUAUCUCUGGGGUUGAAGUCAACAAGGUGGUCAAAAAUCUCCUCUAUGGCAAGACCCCCGGACUUCCUAAAGGCUCUUUAUGUUGUGGGGCGUCACUGAUGGUGUAGUGGUGCACUCGCCUGACUUUGGUGUGGGCAGCGUGGGAUCAGUUCCCACUCAGUGACGGUGUGAAUGUGAGUGCGAAUGGUUGUCCGUGUCUAUAUGUGCCCUGCGACUGACUGGCGACCAGUUCAGGGUGUAGUCCGCCUUUCGCCCGAAGUCAGCUGGGAUAGGCUCCGGCGCCCCGCGACCCUAACCAGGAUAAGCAGUGUUGACAAUGGAUGGAUGUUGUGGGGCUUUCCUGGCUGACACGCCUCUGCAACAUCGCAUGGACAUCGGGGACAGUCCCUCUGGGAUGGAAGACCGGGGUGGUGGUCCUCCUUCUUAAAAAGGGGCCACCAGGAAGUGAGGCGGACGACCAAUCUGACAGACGUUUGGACGCCAUCGGCUCGGACUGCGAGCGUCGGGUCCGGUUCCGACUUGGGCCUUUCAUGCGAGCCUCCUGCGUCUGCGGGGCCGUGCGUUCCGAGCCGCCCCCCAAGCCCAAGCCCUAACACCCCCCCGGCUCCGGCCGUCGGUGCCGCUCGGCUCGAGCUCCGUCCCAUUGCGCGCACGCCCCCACCCGGAUGAGAUGGGAUGCUGCGGUAGCGCUGAGAGGACAAAGAGAGAAUGGAGACCACUGGAGGAGCGAAGCUGCACUGACCUGCCCUGGUUCCUGCUCUUCAUCAUCUUCUGUGUCGGCAUGGGCAGCGUUUGUGCGUUCACGGUGGUGUCGGGGGGCGCGGCCCGCCUGGUCUUGGGCUACGACAGCUACGGCAACACCUGCGGACGCCGGAACCAACACCUGGACGGGGUCCGGCUCAGUGGCCUGGACCACACGGACAGGAAGUUCGUCUUCUUUUUGGAUCCUUGCAACAUCGACAUCGUUCAGAGGAAGAUGAAGUCGGUGGCUCUCUGCGUGUCCCUGUGCCCCCCGCACACCCUCCACACCUACCAUGACCUCAAGACCUUCGCCACGCUCAAUGGUUCUGAGUUGUGUUCGUACGAGUUAGCGGGUCACAAGUACCCCAGCCUUCCCGAGAGGUUCUCCAAGUGUCCCAAACUUCCUGUCCCGCCCAGCAAGCCUUUGCCGCUCUUCAAUCGCUGCACGCCGGUGGACAUCUCGUGUUACUCCAAGUUCGCCGAAGCCGUGGUGACCUUCGUUAGCGACGACUCCUUCCUGCAUCGAGUCAUUGCCGGCGUGGCGGCCAGUAAAGAAGUCAUCGUAGGGCUUUGUCUCCUCGCGCUCGUGCUGUCAAUGGUGCUGACGGUGAUCAUUCGCUACAUCUCGGCGGUCCUGGUGUGGAUCCUCACCUCGUUGGCGGUGCUCGGGUCUCUAGCGGGCACCGGCAUUCUGUGGUGGUUCUACGUGGACCACCGUCUCCACAGAAACCACACGGACACCGAGGCGGCCAAAGAGGACGAGCCGAGUCGGGACGGCGACCGGACGCUGCUGGUCUACGCCGUUGCCGCCUCAGUCUUCACGGUGAUCCUGCUGCUGCUGAUGCUGUUCAUGAGGAAGCGCGUGGCAUUGGCCAUCGCUCUAUUUCACGUGGCCGGAAAGGUUUUCAUCCAUUUGCCGCUGCUCACGCUGCAGCCGUUCAUCACCUUCCUCGUGCUGCUCCUCUUCUGGAUCUAUUGGAUCCUCGUCCUGCUCUUCCUGGGAACCAGCGGGGAGGCGGUGCACAACGAGGAGGCGGGACUGACCGAGUUCCGUCUGACCGGUCGCCUGGAGUACCUGACCUGGUUCCACGCCGUGGGCCUGCUGUGGAUUACAGAGUUCAUCCUGGCCUGCCAGCAGAUGACGGUGGCUGGCGCCGUGGUCACCUACUACUUCACCAGGGACAAGAAGCGACUUCCGGCCUGGCCGAUAGUGCGUGCUGCGUUGCGGCUGCUGCGGUAUCACGUGGGCACGGUGGCCAAAGGCUCCUUCAUCAUCACGCUGGUCAAGAUGCCCAGACUCCUCCUCAUCUACGUGCACAAGCAGCUCAAAGGGAAGGAGAACGCGUGCGCUCGCUGCGUGCUCAAGUCUUGCAUUUGCUGUCUGUGGUGUUUAGAGAAGUGCCUCAAUUAUCUCAACCAGAACGCUUACGCGGCCACGGCCAUCAACAGCACGGGUUUCUGCACGUCCGCGCGAGACGCCUUCGUCCUGCUGGUGGAGAACGCCCUGCGUGUCGCUACCGUCAAUGCCAUCGGAGAUUUCGUGCUCUUCCUAGGGAAGAUUCUGAUCGUUACCACGACGGCUUUCGCCGGCGUUCUGCUGCUCAACGCGCGGCGAGAUUAUGCCGAGUGGCUGCUGCCGCUGGUCAUCGUUUGUCUGUUCGCCUUCUUGGUGGCACACUGUUUCCUGUCCGUUUUCGAGAUGGUGGUGGACGUGCUCUUCCUUUGCUUCGCCAUAGACACCAAGUACAACGACGGCACGCCGGGAAAGGAGUUCUUCAUGGACAAAGCUCUCAUGGAGCUGGUCGAGCGCAGCCGGCGUUCGGAGCGGGUGGCCGGCCGGGGGCGGACCCGCGUCAAGGAAGCGCCGUCGGAGGGGGCGGAGAUGAAACCCAUGGUGAGUGGCGCAGGUGGGGCCGGCGUCAGCGUGUGUGUGGAGUGGGAGGAGCUGGAGGAGUUCCAGGUGUACUACCUCCUGGUGGCAGUCUUCCUGGACUGCGCGCUCACGCCGCACGCAGACUUCCUGUUGUGCCUCAGCCACGACAUCUUCCUCUUCCUGUGCGUCUACCUGCCAACCUCCACCCUCUUCCUGUUUGUACGCCUGCUGGGCUCCACCCCAAGCUCCGCCCCUUCCACACCACCUGGCUCUGCUCACUAAGCAGAGCGGCGGGCACGCUUGCGCUCAUGGACGGACGCGCAAAGCGCACGUGCUAACAGCUACAUGCGAACCGCUUCGUGCUUACUGCCUUAUCGUCUGCGUCGUCGUGAUCAUCAUCGUCAUUAUUCGUGGAUUACCGAUACCACCGGUAUUUAUGAUACGUCCAAUUUCAAUGAACACAAUGACGGAUAAUUGUGGACAAAGACCUCUCUCUUUCUCUCUGUUUGUCACUUUUUUCUCUCGCUUUCUUUCUUUCUCUCAUUCUCUCCUUUCCUUCUUUCUGAGGCACAUGAUGAUUGGCCAAUGUGUCAAACCGCCACAGUCUAACGCCAACUACUGGCGAGGAGGCCUAACUCCAUGUCAGAUUGUUUUGCCUUAAGUAUCAGUGGCUGGUAUCGGCAGCCUUCGUGGGUACCCUAUACCUUGAAAUCGGCCCAAUACCGCACUCGCCCAAUCCCUAAUCAUCAUCAUCAUCACUUUGUUCUGGCCAUAUUUUUCCAUGUGGUUUUCCACCACCGCCUCAUUUUCAUCAUCAUCAUCGUCGUCAUCCUCCUCCUCAUAACACUUGACGGUACGCCACGUAAUCGCUAGCUAGCCAGUCUGAUUAGCCACUCACCCAAUGUUCCUGUCUAACCACGUGAUUGUCAUUUCCUGUUUCAGGCUCCCGGGACAAGUUCAGCUUGACGAAAACGAGCCAGUGGGACUUGUUAAAAGAAAAGAACAUUUAUUUUUUAGCGACGU